AUGGUUGCUGAUUAUUGUGGUCAGGGUGAUGAUUCCAAUGAACAGGAGACACCGAUGGUCGUGUCUGUACGGAAAGGAGAGGACAACAGGACGGAAGAUGAGAGAGUCAAGGAUUGUGCUGAUGAGACCAACAGUAACUGUAAUAACAAUGAUCUCAAUGGUUCUUUAGAUGGAAAUAAAUGUUCCAAAGAAGGUAAAUUGAGAUCACAUGGAGCUUUUUUCUCGAAUUACAGUCCAAGACUUGCACUGGUUGACAAAGUAUUAAAACGGAGUAAACAAAGUAAACCAAUGAUUGGACCCGAUGGUAGAUAUUUAUAUCCAUGUGAUCACUGCCAAAAGACAUUUUGUUCAUCCUCUGAUCUCAAUCGACACAUUGGAUUCCAUGAGAGUAAGGAUAUUCGUCCAUUUAAAUGUGAAUUCUGUGAUUACCAAAGUCGCACAAACAGUCAACUUAAAGUUCAUGUUAUGAGACAUGCUGGAAUCAAACAAUAUCUAUGUCAUACCUGCAACUAUAAUGGAGUAACCCAAUCUGAUCUGAAUCGUCAUCGGAAAACUCAAUCACACAAAUCAAGAAGUGGGAACAUUUGUUCAAUAUGUUCAUUGGGAUUUUCCACAGCGACAUUACUUGAAGAUCACAUAUUCAAGUUCCACGACAACAACAAUAACAACAGCGAAAGCCAUGGAAAUAAUGACAAACGAGGACUAUCAGCAAGUCCAAAAGAAUCCAAAAAUGGAUCGUGUUUAUCAUCUUCACCACUCGAAGCAACUUUAUCCGUCUCGAUAAAAGAUGGACCAACUGCAUCGACAUCGACAUCGACAUCGACAAUGUCAAUGUCAUCAGCAUCUUCACCAAGAAAAGCAUCCAAAACAACAACUCCACCACCUGCAAUGUCCGAACCCAUGAAAACCGAAAAAGUCAAUGAGAUGGACAAGAACAACAAUAAUAUCGACAUGAAUCACAAUAAUGUUCUAGGGCUUAAUGCAAAUAGAUUUUCAGUUAAUAACUUGUUGUAAGUGUUUGCCCGGAAGCAAAAGAACGAGAUUAUCUGACUGCGAACAUUCUUUUGGUCAAUCACCUGACUUGACAAACCUCCUCGAUUGAUGAGCAUUUCAUUGAUUGCUCUUACCUGUUGAUUGCUACCAGAGCAUUUUAUUAGUAUUAUUACCCGGUCUUCCUGUUUGAUUGAAUUCCCCAAGUUUCAAUUUUUCCUGAUCAUCUCAUCAAUGUUAUCACUUGUAAUUCGAGGUGAAAGUAGUUGAAUCUUUGUUAAAUAUUUCACAAUUUUCUAGAUACAAUGUAAUGUAGACUGAGCGAGCUUAGUGCUGAGCUACACUGAGAGUAGACUGGAAUUAGCUCUGACAAGAUUGAGCCAAGUUGCUUCAUCUUUCGGAUGUUUCCACAAUCAAGCAAAAUUAUGAUGAUUCGAAACCAAUGGCAAUUGCAUUCCCACCAAAUCCAAUUAUUUCCAAUAACUUAACGAAAUGUGAACACAAAAUGUGUAUUCCUUGUAUUCCUUGUAUAACUUAUUAUCUCUUCUUUCAUUUGAUUGUUUCCACUUUUUAAACCUUAACCAUUUCCAUUUCCAUUUCCUUUUCUCGUUUCUAUUUUUUUAUGAAGGUACAAUUUGCCCUAGACUAUGUUCCUCAUCUGUGAACAUGGUGAAUCUUGGUCAUGAUCCAAUUAAUUGCAAUAUUUAUCGACACCAUCAACACCCAUUGAAACAGUUAACUGGAAAGUUAUCAAUGAACAAGAAAUCAAAUGAAAUUAAUACGAGCUUAUGCCUUAAAAUACUUGGUUGCUUUAUGGCUUAAAUUGAUAACUUUUUUCUGUGAUUGUACAAAUUAAAUCAUUUAUUAAACAUUAAACUGUUGCAAAAAUCAAA